UAGACGCUUUUGACGGGAAGAGCUAUAACGGGACGGGCAGAAGCUUCAUAUAUACAUACUGGCAUUGGACAGACGACAGCAAGAAUAACACUGCUGUAUUUUGAGAGCCAAAAACAGUAUUGCUGCAUUGCAUCUAUACAUUUGCAUUCUGCAUUAGUUCAUUCUGUCAAAUUGCAUCUGAGGAAGAAAAACAUGUUCUACACGUGUGGUCCAAAUGAGGCUAUGGUGGUGUCAGGUCCAUUCUCUAACCCAAUGUUUCCCAACCCUGGUCCUCCAGUUCCCAUAGUGCACAUUUUACUUGUAGCCCUUGACAAACACACCUUGUUCAACUCAUUGAGGGCUUGAUGAUUAGUUGACAAGUUGAAUCAAGUGUGCUUGUCCAGGGUUACUCGAGGACCAGGGUUGUGAAACAGUGUAAACAUGUACAAUUAAAGAGCUGUAGGAUGGUAAUAAUACUCUCAUGUGUAUCUCACCCCCCCCCCCCCCCUCUCUGUUUCCCAGGGUGCCUCCGUUCUCCUCCAGUAAUGAUUGCUGGAGGCAGAGUGUUUGUGCUUCCCUGUUUUCAGAAGAUCCAGAGGAUCUCCCUGAACAUUCUGACGCUGAGCGUGAAGAGUGAGAAAGUCUACACCCGACGUGGGGUUCCCAUCUCGGUCACUGGAAUUGCCCAGAUGAAGAUCCAGGGGCAGAACAAGGAGAUGCUGGCCGCAGCCUGUCAGAUGUUCAUGGGGAAGUCGGAGGGCGAGAUCGCCCAAAUCGCCCUGGAGACGCUGGAGGGCCACCAGAGGGCCAUCAUCGCCCACCUGACUGUGGAGGAGAUCUACAGGGACCGUAAGAAGUUCUCAGAGGAGGUGUUCAAGGUGGCCUCGUCCGACCUGUUCAACAUGGGCAUCAGCGUGGUCAGCUACACGCUCAAAGACGUUCACGACGACCAGGACUACCUCCACUCCCUGGGGAAGUCCAGGACCGCCCAGGUGCAGAAAGACGCCCGCAUCGGAGAGGCCCAGUUCAAGCGGGAUGCUGUGAUCAGGGAAGCCCAUGCCAAGCAGGAGAAGAUCUCAGCCCAGCACGUCAAUGAGAUCCAGAUGGCCAUGGCUCAGAGGGACUAUGAGCUGAAGAAAGCAUCCUACGACAUCGAGGUCAACACCAAGAAGGCAGAAUCUGAGAUGGCCUACCAGCUACAGGUGGCCAAGACCAAGCAGCUCAUCGAGGAGGAGAAGAUGCAGGUCCAGGUGGUGGAGCGCUCUCAGCAGAUCAUGCUCCAGCAGCAGGAGAUCACCCGCAAGGAGAAGGAGCUGGAGGCCAAGGUGAAGAAGCCUGCUGAGGCCACGAGAUACCAAAUCGAGAAGCUGGCCGAGGCCCAGCGUGCACAGCUCAUUAUGGAGGCUGAGGCUGAGGCAGAGUCCAUUAGGAUUAAGGGUGAUGCGGAGGCCUUUGCUGUGGAGGCGAAGGGGAGAGCCGAGGCGGAGCAGAUGGCCAAGAAGGCCGAAGCCUUCCAGCAGUACAAGGAGGGAGCCAUGGUGGACAUGCUGCUGGAGCAACUACCACUAAUGGCGGAAGAGAUCAGCAGGCCUCUGGCGCAGGCUCAGAAGAUCACCAUGAUUUCCAGCGGGGGUACCGAGGUGGGCGCGGCCAAGCUCACAGGAGAGGUGCUAGACAUCAUGACCCGCCUUCCGGCGACGGUGGAGAAACUGACGGGAAUCAACAUCUCACAGGUGACAACUCAUAUGGGCUGAGGACUCCGGUGCUCAGGCAAACCUAUUUCACAACCCUGUCUACUACCACAGCCUUUAACUCUCUCCUCAAGUAUGUUAUGCCAAAAAAACAUGUUGCCCUACGUAAUUAUUGGGACAGUGAAGCAUUUUAUCUUCUUUUGGCUCUAUUCUCCAAAAGUUUGGAUUUGAAAUCAAACAAUGACUGAGGUUAACGUGCAGACUGUUAGAUUUUCAUCCAUAUCGGGUGAACCGUUUAGAAAUUGCAUUUUGAAUUUUGGAGUCACUUUUAUUGUAGAUAAGAAUAUAAUAUGUUUCUAAACACUUCUACAUUGAUGU